ACAAAAUUGAUUUUGAUAGAAGUCAGUGAAAAGGUUGAGUCUGUGCUGGAACAGAUUUCGAGACCGACCUGCUGAUCCAAUCAGUCGAAAAACUAAAAGGAUAUUUGUGUGUCAGAAUGUGCUUUUGUGAACAGAAACUGGUCCUGAACAACAAAAUUCCUUAACUGCUGACGUGAGCAGAUUUUGGGCUCAAAUUACUCAGAAAACUAUGGGUUUCUAUUUGUAACAGCUAACUUUUUAAAUGAAAUCCUUGUUUUAACCUUUUAUUCUGAUGGAGUCCCACCCCCUCCCUUGUAACCACAGAUACUAGAGAACAGCUUUUGAGCUUUAGAGAUUCAAGUGCCACAAUUUUCUCUUUUUGCCGGUUUGAGCGGUUUUCCUGGAAAACAGCUGUGGAGUCCUGUGUCGACCUGUGACCCACAUGAAAUGACUCCGCCCUCUUGAUUUACUAACAGUUCAGCAAGGUUGCACCGCUGAACAGACAACAGAUGACUCCACAGUCAGGGACGGAGCCAGGUACUAUAAAGCGUCUGGAAGGUUGGGGCGCUUUAGGGCAUGGCGGAGUUACACGCUCUGGGUGCUCCACUGAUUGUUUUUAUGCACCUUUUUAACGCUUUUGGCCGUGUUUUCGAAGCUUUCCAGGAGGAGAUUGUCUGAUGAUGUCAGCAGAGGAUUACCCCCCCCCCCCAAAAAAAAACAAACAAAAAAACAAGUUGAGUGGCUUAACGCGCUGCUUUCGUCUCCUUGUGUGCCUCUCGCCUCCGCUCAGUGACACACAAUGAUUCAGAGCCAGCAGUGGUGAAUCAAGGUUCCUGUGUAAUGGGUAAACACACAUCCGUGGGUUGAUUAAGGUCACUCCCCCGGCUUCUCUGUGCUGCCAUCGCCACAAAAACGGGCAUCAACGCACCCAGCCAGGAUGUGACGUGACUUUAUGAAUUCAUCUCUUGAUAUCUUCAUGAAUAUUCCAUGACCGGCAUUCGUUUUAAAGCCACUGCUUACUCGGUAGGUAUGGAAAACAUCCUGUUUGUCACAUGUAGUCAUCAUGCACCCCCGCCUGGGGAUCGAUAACCUGCACUGACUGUAGCAUGUUUGCCCUCUGGACCCCAGGACAGGGUGCCAACACACAGCACCGAUCCCCCACUCUGCUGCAGACCUCGGUAGCUUCAGGAGACUCUGGAAGGCCCAUGUGAGCGGACACGUUGAAGGAUGGCCAGGUUUUGGAACAUAGCUGCAGGUGGACUGCUGCUCGCUUUGAGUCUCACUCUUUUGGAGCAGGGAGUCGAGGGGCAGUGGAAGGUGGACGUGUCAGGCCAGGCUACCAUCAACCUCGGCCAGGACAGAGAGAUCUGGAGACCGCUGGUGCAAACGUCGCUCAGCAUUAGUCAGAUCACCAGUAUCCAGUCGUCUUUCCAGAUUCGGACAUUGGACCCAGAAGGUGUCAUUUUUUACGGGGACACCAAAAACGGCACUGACUGGUUUAUUUUGUCCCUGCUGGAUGGUGUCCCCCUGAUGCAGAUCAGCAGAGACGGCUCCCUCGUCAGCGUGUCAGGCGGUCCCAGGAUCAACGAUGGGAAGUGGCACACGCUUGAAGUCAGCAACCGAGGGAAGUUUGUGUUGCUAAACAUUGACGGGUCCAUAGGGUUGGAGGUGGGCAUGCAGUCCAGCCGGCCAGAAGUGGUCGAUUACAGCAAUCUACGACUGGCCCUCGGCGGGAUCCUGAUUGACAAAGAGAAGAUGAUUAUCCCUUUCAAGCCAAGGAUGGAUGGCUGCGUGCGGCAUGGCAGCUGGUUAAACCUUAGCGCCCCCUGGGAUGCUGAAGUAGAUGAACUCUGGCCGUGCUAUCAAAACAUCCAGCCUGGCAGUUACUUCCCUGGCACGGGCUUCACCGUUUUCAACACCUCAGUUUUCCCGAUGGAGGAAGAGCACAGCGGCUUCACAAUUGAAAUGUGGGCAGAUUUCAGUGAGCUGGAUGGGACCAUUUUGAGCAUCAGAUCACCUGGUCAGCAGCUGAUGUUUGCUUUAGUGGCCAGUAACUCUACAAAGACACUCAUGCUCUCAUUUCCUGGUGAGAAAAUCAUCUACAGAGAAAACAUAAGGAAACUAGCAGUCACCUUUCGGAAGGAUUUGCUUCAAAUACUUCGAGAUGACGAUGAGUCGACCAUCAGUGUCAUAGCCAUCAGUCCAAAGAUCCAACCUGGAUAUUUGAGUAUGUGGCGAGAAGGCCAGCUUGCCUUCGGAUGUCUCCUCGGCGAAGGCGAGCUCGACGUCUGUUCCCGAUUCUUGACAGGCUGCCUGAAGAAGAUCCAGCUUCAGGGGAUGGAGAUGGAUCUGGAUUUUGCAAAAGCAUUCACGUCAGUCUCCUCUCACAGCUGCCCUGUAUAAACUGACAUGGACAUGGGACAAGUUCACAUGAGUCAGGGUGAAAGUGAUCAAAUCAAAUGUGAUCAUUUGAAUUACGCAGUGGCGAGGCACAAUUUAGCCUCCAUAGUGUGCUACUCCUCAUGACGUGCCUUAAUGUGGUAUUUGAACCAAAUAACCUCUAAAAAUGUGUAACAUUUGCAAUGAAAUAUGAAUAAAUAUGUUGUGUAAUAUA